AUGUUGCGCCGCACCCUGCUCCUGUCUACCCUGUUCGCUGUGGCCUUUGCCGCCCUUGGCUCUCUGGCUUUUCUAGCUGCACCUGGACACAUUACCAGGGUUGUGCCGCGUGCUGACAGGCCAUGCUUGGCUGGAGCCAGCGCUGAAGCUUUCCAGGGCAGAACAGGGAGCCAUGGAUGUAUGGUGGCAGCAUUGGUGGCUAUGGCCGCAGGUGCUUUGAUUGUUCAGAACAAAGGUGGCGGCCAUGGGGAGAUUGGAUAUCACCUUGCUCUGAAGUUGGCGAAGGAAAAGGGGCUGAAAGUGACCAUGAUCCAAGACAGCGCAUGCAAGCAAGACAAGCCGCCCUUCAACAGUUAUAGUGACUUGACCCAGGCUGGUGUCGAGAUCAAAAUGGCUGAUCUCCAGAACGGAGGUCUGUCCACCGCGAUUCAGGGCGUGCCGCCCUGUGAGUAUGUGUUUGACAACCAGAAUAUUUGCCCAAAGGAUGUGCAGAACUUGGUGAAGUCAUGGAACCCAAAGGUCUAUGCCUAUGUGAGUUCAGGUGGCAUGUACCUUGCCGUGCCACAAGGGCCCCUGAUUGAAGGGGGUGGUGUGAAGCUCGACAACAAGCAGCUGGCCAACGAGAAUCAUGCUCGGAAUUUGGGCAUCAACUGGUGUGCCUUUCGCCCGCAGUACAUCUACGGGCCAAAGACCAACAAGCGAGACUACAUCGACUGGUUCUUGGACCGCAUCACCAGGGACUUGCCUUUCCCUCUCCCCAAGGAUGGUACCCUCUUCACCACUCUGACCAACAGUGAAGAUGUGGCUGGAAUGAUGGCGAGUGUCGUGGGAAAAGAAGCAGAAGCUACAUCUACCAACGGUCAGAUCUUCAACUGUGCAGGAGACGAGCUCCUGUCACAUGUGGAUGUUGUCAAGGUGAUUGCGACAGCCAUUGGCAAAGAUCCCAAAGAUGUCCUGUCCAAAGUCGUGUUCUAUGAUCCAGCUUCCUUGAAAGGCCUUGAUCUUCCUAAAGAGGGCAAGUUUCCCUUCAGGGAGACCAACUUCGGAGUUGAUGUCAAGAAGGCGAAGAAGGUCUUGGGCUGGACACCGCAGCACACCUUCCAGGGUGAUAUUGCCGAGUACUAUGCAGACUAUUGCCGCCUGGGCAAGGACCAAGGACCAGUGAAACGCGCCUGGGAUGAGGCAGUGAUCAGUGCAGCCAUGAGCACCGCAUAG